GGCUGCCACGUAAGAGCGAGUAGCUGGAGCCGCUUCCUGGGGAGACGCUGCAAACGGAGCGCGGGUGGCAAUGGGUGGCUCGCAGAGCGUGGAAAUACCCGGCGGAGGCAGCGAGGGAUACCAUGUCCUCCGAGUUCAAGAAAAUUCCCCAGGCCACAGAGCUGGAUUGGAGCCUUUCUUUGAUUUUGUUGUUUCCAUUGGCAAUACUCGAUUGAAUCAAGAUAAUGAUACCCUCAAAGAUCUUUUGAAGGCCAAUGUGGAGAAACCAAUUAAAAUGGUUGUCUACAGCAGUAAGACACUCAAAUUGAGAGAAACUACAGUUACUCCUAGCAACAUGUGGGGAGGUCAAGGCUUGCUUGGAGUCAGCAUUCGUUUCUGCAGUUUCGAGGGAGCUAAUGAAAAUGUCUGGCAUGUGUUGGAAGUGGAGCCAAAUUCUCCAGCUGCACUAGCUGGUCUUCGACCUCAUACAGACUAUAUAAUUGGAGCAGACACAGUCAUGAAUGAGUCCGAAGAUCUCUUCUCUCUGAUAGAGACCCAUGAAGGGAAAGCUUUGAAACUAUAUGUCUACAAUACAGACACAGAUAACUGCCGGGAAGUUGUUAUCACACCUAAUACCACCUGGGGUGGAGAAGGCAGCUUAGGGUGUGGGAUUGGAUAUGGCUACUUGCAUCGAAUUCCAACCCGUCCAUUUGCAGAGGGUAAAAAAAUAAGUCUUCCAGGACCAGGUGCAUCAGUCAGUCCAUUAAAAGAUGGCUUCACAGAGGUUCAGCUAUCUGCUGUUUCCUCAGCAACUGCUACAAACACCAACUUGCAGCAGGGUCUAUCUGGACUAUCACUUGGUACAACUCCUCCUCCUGUUAACAGUGUUCUUAAUACUGGUGUUCCAACAGUUCCGUUGUUACCUUCAUCUGCAAAUUCAUCCUCAAGCACAGUUCCAACAAGUAUAAAUGUUGAUACUACUCUAACUAGUCUAAUGCCAUUACCAAGUGGACUGCCUAAUAUCCCCAACCUACCUAAUGUGGAUCUCACUCUACAGAACCUUGCUCCAGUGACCUUACCAGGAAUUGGUGUGGUACCUUCACUCACUGGUUAUCCAUCAGCCACUCAGUUGCCACCAAUAAAUCUCUCUGGACUGCCCCCUCUAACAAUGCCUGCCAUGUAUCCAUCGCAAUCACCCAUGAUUACAGGAGUAAAGGCUGGUUUAACUGAAACGGUUUCAGCCAUCUCUCCAAUAGUAGGUGGUUUUCAUGUUUCUGCCUCUGCACCGCCUACUGAACAGACCCCUGCCCUCAUUUUAGAUACUACAACUGUUUCCAUGACAACUGCUGACAUCCAGGCAACUGCAUCACCUAAUGCAAAUAAUGAAGAGCCAUCUUCCAUUUCCACAGACGCACAAGCUUCUUCUGAGUCGUCUUAAAUGCAAAUCUUAUCAAAAGCAGAAGCUGAUUAAUGUAUUUAUUCAGCUGCAGAAAACUUGUUCUGAAAUUAAAACAUAAAGAGUAGACUGGCAUGAUUGCAUAUCUGAGCUUUAAACCUUUGUACAUAAUUAUAAGGCUGAGGCAAAUACAUAACCUUUAAUACAAUUGGAUGGUUUACUACAUUGUUCAGCAAUGUGGUAUUUUUGAUGUAAAUGGAAAAUAAAUUAUUUUAUCAAGUACAGAUUUAAUUCCCUCUCUUCUCCCUGUCGUCCUCUGGUAGAGCUGCUGUGCUGUCCAAUUACUUGUUACAUCUUUAGCCACCAUCUUGUCUGUAAUUUUCCAGCCUUUGAUUUUCAGAUCAACAGGUAAAUACUUGCUGUAUCAUUAAAGCACCCUACUGUUUUUAAUGACAAUUGAAAGGAAGUAAUGUGAGAGAAAACAUACAUGCAGCUGAAAUCCAGUAGGCGUCACCAUAAGCUUAACAGAGAAUACAUUUGAAAGGGAUGAUCGAGCAAUAAAUUCCACUGAAAAGGCACUGGUAUUUUUCAGAAUAGAAUGAAAAAUCUAUUUUUAAACAAAAAUUAUCUUGUCAACUCUAGUGUGCCAAAAUACAAUUUUGCUUUUGUGUUUAUAACCUGGAAUUCCUAUGACAUUGUCGGGUUCUGAAGUGAGUGAUACAACGUGAAAGAAAAUGUGUUGAAGUUCUUGUGAAAAGUACUAACAGGUUCAGCACUUAAUAUAUAUGUAAUCAUGUUAAGUAUUUUAUGCACAGUUGUGAUGCCAUUUAAAAUGCUGCUGAAUUGCUGAGUUACUUUUUUUAAAAAUAGUCACAUAUUAAAAUUUUGAAAGAAUGAGGCAGGAACAAAUUAUUGAAGGACUUUUUGUGUAGGGCAAUAUUCAAGAAGCUCAAUGAAAAUACUGUGGAAGGAAGAUACUGGACUGGUAGUACUGUGUAAUAAAAGAGAAGUUGUCACCACCUCUGAUUUUAAGUGGUUUUCCAGCCAAGUGUUUCUGCUUCAUCUCAAACUGCUUGUUUUGGCUAAACUGUAACAAACCUGUGGGUACAAUGAAAAUUGAGAAUAUUUUUUUGGAGGGAAGGGAGGUUAAACUAGUUGCAUCACAGGAAGAAAAUGGAACAAAGUUAACUUUUGGAAUAUGGAUCUUUGUUGGUGUCUACUAUCUGCCCUGACUUGUGGAACAGAUGUUUGGACAGCAACUAAGGCCAGGAGCUAAAUUCAAUUAUGCUAAUAUCAUGGGAGGCAGAGUAAAGUUCAGUUAUUAAUAGUUUGACUGUUUUUGGGUGAUAGAGAGUAGAUAAUAGACAAGAAGGGGGAACAACUUAAGGCUAUUAUGCAUAUGAGUAGAACGGUAGGUAUUUUUAGUAUGGUCAAGAACAGAAUGUGGAUAUAAAAAUGUGAGUUAUGUUAAAUGAAAUAAAAAUUGAGUUACCGAUUUAAGG